AUGGACCCGGAUUGGGAGAAAAUCAAUCAGCUGCAGAGCGCAGUGGAUAAUAUCAGAGAAUCCUUUCAGUCGGAACUGAAUUCCUCGAGUUCCUUUCAAGGCGAGUUCGAGCCCAGUUUCCAGACUUCAGCUGAUGUCCCGGAGAUCCAAAAUGACGAGCUCUUGGAUCUGGCUGAGGACCUUCUCGAGUCUUCAUUAAGCAUAACUUGUGAGACCUUCUGGCAGCAUGUUACUGGCUGCAGCGGCCGACAAUGGCAGGCAGCAUUAAACAGGCUCCAGAAACUUCUUUCAGCGCAUGAAGCUUUGUUGCGAACCAUCAGCCCAUCUUCUGAGGCUCGCUUGAUUUCCGCUCACCGUGUGGCAUUUCGUGUGGCCUUCACUUCGACCUGGCCGUUGCAAGUGGCCGAGAACUUGAAAGACUAUUUCCAGAAGACCUGGGAUCAAUCCUUCCGUGGUGCACCCGAUCAAUCCCAGACAGAGUGGUGGUGUGCUGGGCUCAUUGGGCCGGUGCCUCGUGUUCUAGCCCUGCUGGAAUCAAGAGAAGAUCAUCCCGGCAAUCUCGGCGUGGAAAGGCAAGCAGACAAGAUUCCAGCCACUUCUAUCGAUGAAGAUGUGGUCAUGGGCCUUGCUGAAGAAGAAGAAGAAGCGGAAGCUGAGGACGUGGAUGAAGACAUGGAGAAUGACCUGACUGGCUUGAGCAUGGUGUCUAAGGCCAUGCACUCUUUGGGUCUCCAAGCACCUUGGGUGGACCUUGCAAAAAGCUUCUUCACAGCAAAAGUAGCCCAGCUGCUUGAAGAGCGGUGUCGCUCAGAAUACCAAGAAAACCUCUUGGAUCGUCUCAUACGACUUUUCUACAGCGCCAUGCUCCGCUGGCUCCGCGGUAUCUUUGGAUUACCUCUUUGGGCACCAAGCCAGGCUAACGCUCAGGAGGAGUCCUGGUUGCUUCUGGCGCGGGGCGCGUUGCUUCGUUUUUUUGAAGCAUUUUUGGAAGUUCGACUGGGUGAAGCUUUCGACAUGGUCCGUGACUUUCCAGACUCCGCACCUGCGCUGUUGGACUUGAGGCGUUGUUUGGCUCGCACGGGACGAUUCUCACCACUGGUCAUUGCGCUACGAGAGCAGAUUGGCAAGCGGCUGCUGAUCGCUGGUGCUCACACGCGUGAUGUGAUCAAAGUGUACAUCAAAACCAUCAAGGCUCUACGUUUGGUAGAUCCCAGGGGUUUGCUGCUGGAGGGAGUUUCAACUCCAAUCAGGGAGUAUUUAAAGAAAAGGAAAGACACUGUCCGAUGCAUCAUCACUGCUCUCACAGAAGAUUCGGACUUACAAGAAGAGCUUCAAUUGGGAGCUGAGGAAGCUUCGAAGGCAAAACUCCAGGCGGGACAGGCGCCACAUGAGCCGCCGGACUUGGCUGGCGAAGACUUUGAAGCCAGUGAUGAUGAAGAGGAUCCAGAUGCGUGGCUUCCUGACCCUAUUGAUGCGGAUUCGCAGCCACUGAGGCGGAAGGCCGAUGUUGUGUCAUUACUGGUAGGUAUCUACGGCUCGAAGGAGAUGUUCAUCAAGGAGUACAAGGAGAUGCUGGCAGACCGCCUACUGGGCAAUCCUACCUACAGUACAGAGCGAGAAACUCAAAACCUUGAGCUCCUGAAAACCAGGUUUGGGGAUGCUGCCCUCACGCAUUGCGAGGUCAUGCUGCAGGACAUCAAGGACUCAAAGCGCAUCAACAGUAACAUUCAACAGAAGGAAAAGGAUGCGGACCAAACUGGACCACUGAGCUUAGGUCAAAUGCAUCCCCUUGUGCUCUCUCAGCACUACUGGCCCUCUGCACUCAGCAAAGUUGAUCUUCCACGGUUUCGAUUGCCAGCUCCUUUGGAGAAUGCCUUGGCGGACUACAGCCUGGCAUAUGGCAAAACUAAAUCCAACAGAGCGGUCCAAUGGAAGCGUUCGCAUGGCUUGGUGGAGAUCACAGUGCAGUUUGCUGACCGGAGUCUGAAUGUAACAGUUACACCAAUCCACUAUGCCGUGUUGGCAUGCUUCUCUGAGGCCAAAGGUAGUCCAACGAGGCUUAGCCUCGAGGAGUUAAUGUCGCAGCUGGAGCUGCCCGAGGUGCUUGUGCGAAAGCGCGUGGCUUUUUGGGUGGCGAAGGGUGUACUGAAAGAGGUCAGUGCAAACCUCUAUGAGCUCCAAGAGUCUGCUCCAGAAGACAUCCAAUCAGGCCACAUGGAUGACGAGGAGAAUUCACCUGGCCCACCUCCAGGUCGCCGACAGGAGCUUCGGGCCUGCGAGCCAUUUGUCCAGGGUAUGCUGAAGAACUACUCAGCGCUUCCGCUUGCACGGAUUCACAACUUCUUGCAGCGCUUCAUGAUGGAGCCUGCCUACACCUUGAGUGAAAAGCAACUGCGAGACUUUUUGGCUCAAUUGGUGGAGGAAGGCAAAUUGGACUUUGAUGGGUCUUGCUAUGUCUUGGUGAAUGGGCCAGACUAA